AUGGCCCCGGGGCUCGGUGCUCCCCCAGCAGUCCCAGCCAGGCUGGUGGUGCUGCUGUCCCUGCUGGGUUUGGCUGCAGCUGGGAAGCUGCUGGUGGUGCCAGUGGAUGGGAGCCACUGGCUCAGCAUGAGGGAGGUGCUGGACGUUCUCCAUCAGAAGGGACAUGAAAUAGUCGUCGUGGCGCCUGAAGUCAGUUUGCACAUGAAGCCAUCCAAGAAUUUUGUGAUGAAAAUGUACCCAGUGCCUUUCACACAGGAAGAGAUGGAGAAAGAAUUCCAGGAUUUUUUUCAUAUUUCUUUUGAAGAAGGAUCUUUCCUGUCUAGAUUUCUCAAGGUCUUUGAAGGGAUGAAAAGAAUUACGGCCUUUGGGGUCUCAAGCUGCAAAGAGCUCCUGAAAAACCAAGAGCUCAUCAGGUAUCUUGAGGAAAGCAAGUUUGAUGCCCUCCUCACAGACCCUGUCAUACCCUGUGGGGCGAUCCUGGCAGAGCAUCUUUCCCUUCCCUCCGUGUAUUUCCUCCGAGGAGUGCCCUGUGGAUUGGAUUUCGAAGCCACCCAGUGCCCCAAUCCCCCUUCCUACGUUCCCAGGGCAUUUUCCCAGCACACAGACCACAUGACCUUCCUCCAGAGGGUGGGGAAUCUGCUUCAUGAGAUCCCAAAUUUUUUCCUCUGUGACUUUGCCUUUCAACCAUUCGCCAAACUGGCCUCGGAGUUCCUGCAUCGGGAGGUGACAGUGCUGGAUCUCCUGCGCCGGGGCUCCGUUUGGCUCCUCAGGGUAGAGUUUGUGAUGGAUUAUCCCCGGCCUUUGAUGCCCAACAUCAUUCCCAUUGGAGGGGUGCACUGUGCUCACAAGAAGCUGACUCAGGUGGGUCUGGUUUAGUUCGUGCUGAGGUUGAUUUGUGUGUGCUGAGGGUGAAGUUUUGUGCUGCAGGGAGGAAUCGAGUCCCUGUUUUGGGUGAGUUCGGUGAACACUCAUGAAAGAAAUUUCUCUCCCACUUUCUCCCUCAUUUUCCACUUGUAGGCCUUUGUACCUUCUCAUUUACAAACAUGCAGAGACAAUGCCUUUUUUACUAUGCAUAUU